UCUCAGUGAGGUGAAAUAAAUAUCUGAAGAUUCAGUUAAAGUUGCAGCCAAUGUUCUACUAACAAACAACCUUUCAGAGAUCGAACUCUGACGACGAACAGCACGUGAGAGUGAUACUGUCGUACGAGCCUCGCUGGAUAGUUUACUUCAUCGGCUCAGCCAUCUUGGCGGUGGCGCUGCUGCUCCUGUACGAGGUACUGAGCACGAUGAUCGGGUUCUGCUGCUGGUGCUGCACCGGGGGCGAGGGCGGACGACGUUCUCCCGGAGCAGGAGAGCAGAGGACGACGACGACCUCGCUGCUGGCAGCGGACAAGGAGGAGGAGGCGAGCCUGGGCUCGUCCUACGACUCUGUCUCCCACGACGGCGACCACGAGGAGGAGAUGGGAGGGGACGAGGAGGAGCGGCGGCUGUGUGUUGUGUGCUGCGACGCCCGGAGGGACUGCUUCUUCCUCCCCUGCGGCCACUCCGCCACCUGCCACCCCUGCGGCACCAGGAUUGUGGAGGGAGAUGGUGGCAGCUGCCCGUUCUGCCGGAGGAAGCUCAAGAAAGUGAGGAGGAUUUUCACCCUCUGAUUGAGUAUCUGAUCUGAUGAUGGCCCGCCUUCUCUUGAGGAACUGAGGACGAACAUUUCCUACUGUUUUAAACUUUGAAUGAACGAGAGACCCAAAAAAAAAAAGUAUGAGCGCGUGAAAAAAAUGAUCGCCCACCGUGGGGCUCGAACCCACGACCACAAGGUUAAGAGCCUUGCGCUCUACCAACUGAGCUAGACGGGCUUGGCGAAUGGUAUCAAAUUAGAUCCUCCAUGUUGUCGUCACGUCCAAAUCGAUGUGUUUUUGAGAAGUGCGGAAUGGUGUCAUUGCAGC